UCUCGCGCGGUAGCACCAUCGGCAGCUAAGCGAUGCAAGUACGCUCAAGUGCACGUCCAUUCUCCGUGACUCUUACUCGUUGUCAAUCAUAGACCACGUUUCCUGGUUGAGUAGCCUUAUCAAAGUUUGCACAAUAAGUUUGAACUUUGGUGUCGGUCGCAAAUCUUGUGCUGGGUGCGAACUUAUCUCCAUUACACAACCGCUGAACGCAUCUGGAAGCGAGCUGUGUGAGUGGCCUAGAAUUGCGACCGCCGUUUUCUGGAAUACAGUGCACAAGUUACCACCGAAAUGUCGCACGGCACAAAAACCCGGAGUGGAAGCGAAUUCACGUCCAACCACGAACACUAUUCCAAGCCAUUCUGUCGCUGCGAAUACCCGUUGGGGAAGCGUUUCAGUAUUUUUGCCAAAGAAGUCCAACAAUGCAGUUGCGGCGAGGACACAUCCACCCGCGUCGAUUGGAUGUGGGAAACCGUUCCACACGAUCCACGAUGCAAUGUGCCAAGCCCUCCGUAUAUGAAAGGUUCCGAGGUUCUUUUUCAUCCCAUCUAUAGCCAAGGCACCUCCGUCGUUCGUAGCAACGAACCGUUAACACGCGGUCAGCAUCAUUAUUGGGAACUGAAGAUUUUAUCACCACUCUCCGGCACGGACAUAAUGAUCGGGAUCGGCACUGAUAAGGUGGAUCUACUUCAGCAUUGCUUUACAUUCGCCAGUGUCCUCGGUCAAGAUGAUCAGUCCUGGGGGUACUCCUACCGCGGACUGGCACAGCACAAUGGACAUUUUAAGUACUAUGGCAGCAAAUACAGCCAGGGCCGUAUCAUCGGUGUUUACGUCGACAUGUUCCGCGGCACACUCGAGUACUUUCUCAACCGACGCACGUUAGGUCGCGCUUACGCUGGAAUCCCGACGAACAAAGGCGUUCAAAUCUACCCGAUGAUUUCGUGCACGGCUUCAAAAAUUUCCAUGAAGCUCAUCAACGCGGCCUCGUUCGAGGACAGCCUGCGAUUUCAUUGCAUGAAGGUAAUAUGCAAGUACCCGAAGCUGCUCGACCAAGUAAAAGCGAUUCCGGGGCUGCAGCAUAUGGUGCAGGAGUUGUGGUUUUUGCAGUUCAAAGGACCAGCAGACGAUCCCACUCGAAACGAUUCGCAUCUGGCCGAUGAAGCAGUACUGUGCGGAAAAAAGCUGAAACUCGAUUCUGAUGCGCAAAGAUACGAAAAUACGGAAUUCCUCGCAGUAUUAUAAACGCGCAGUUACUUUGCAGUUUUUCUCAGUUCAUUACAUUACUAAAUCAUGCAUGAUUAGGAGCGUGCAAGCCACACAUUUACUAACAGCGUUAGUAAUUAGCGGGCUAGAGAGGGCAAAAUACUUUACAUUCCGUUUUGCUCCACAUCAUGUUUUCCUUUGUGUUCAGGUCAGUUACUACUUUUGCAUUUGCGUAUUUACGGAGUAAUGAGCAGCAAUCAAAAUAAACUUUAUUCAGACUUUCGA